UUACCGAUAAUCAUUAUUAUUCAAAGUCGACCAUAAAUACGAGUUAUUUGUACGAAAAGCGUUUGGCGUUGUUCGUAACUAAUCGAAAAUGUACUGGUCGGUAAGCGGGGCUGUCCUGGUGUGGGUUCUCUUUCUCGAAGGCGUUUACAUGCAGGAACAAUGGGAGAUCGACGCGAAUAAUGCUCUCAUUGAAGUGAACAACUAUUGUAAAUGCGUAAAGAACCAUUACUGCGACGACAAUAACUUUAUUAUCACCGAUGGACGCAAUUUGUUUAAUGAGAGAGUACUCUUACCAGUAAAAAGAAUUCAGUGUCAAGGUGGUACUUUUUCGAACGAAAUAGUAUGCUGUAAACUAAGAGAUGACAAUACCACCAGCAGUACAGAAAGGACUACCGACAGGAGUACCGCAACCAGUACCAUGACUACCACGAUGACCACUAUCAAAAGUAUACUCAGUAAAUAUCCUGAUACUGAUGACGAAGUGGUUAUUGGCACAGGAAGAGAUACCUGUGGUGUACAAAGGGCCAUAAUAAAUACAAGGAUACUUAGUGGAGAUGACGACCUCAACCCUCUUCAAGGUGAAUUUCCUUGGAUCGCCGCCAUUUUCAAGAAGACAUCAACCGGUGGAUACAAGUUUCUCUGCAGUGGGUCACUUAUUCACCCCAACGUGGUGCUAACUAUCAAUCACUGUGUGAUUAAGAAAAAAACUAGCGAUCUGAGAGUAGUCGUCAACGGUAAACUUAAACUUUCUGAACCGGAUGCCACGCAGGAAGAGAAGAGAGAUGUUUCAGAAAUCGUCAGUCAUCCUAGUUAUGACGAUCGGUUGCUCUUUAAUGAUGCCGCAUUACUCCUUCUAGAAAGGCCGUUUGUGGUCAACACUUGGUCCCAUAUCAACACCCUGUGCUUACCACCUAGGAGUGUUAAUUUGGAGGGCAAAAAAUGCCUAGUGACUGGGUGGGGAGAGGAUAAUACCGAACAACGUUCGAAAAUUCUGAAGAAGGUGGAAGUGCCGUUUGUGAAUCACACUCAGUGCCAGACUCUUUUGAGAAGUACCAGACUAGGCAAGCGCUUCAAUCUUGACAAGUCCUUCAUGUGUGCUGGCGGCGAGAAAGGACGAGAUGCUUGUAUGGGAGACGGAGGUAGCCCUUUGAUGUGCGCCACACAUCUGGGGAGCGAUCAGUACUUCCAAGCUGGAAUGGUAUCCUGGGGCAUUGACUGCGGCAAGGAAAACGUACCAGGGGUCUACACAGACGUCUCAGAAGCCGUGGAAUGGAUAAAGAAUGAACUCAAUAAUAGACAAUUGUAUCUUUAUAAUCCAAAUUUGCUUUUGGUGAUUUUGUAUAAAAAUUCUACCGAACAUUCCAAUCUCUGGAUGAUUCGCGUUCUUAGCGCGACCCUCCUCUUGAUUGCGUGUUUUCCUGCAGGAGUUUAUCUCCAGCAGACGUCCGCAAGAGACGCAAAUGCAGUCGUCGAAUUCUACAACAACUGCACGUGCGUGCCUCAAGAUCGAUGCGAUGAAAACAACGAGAUAUUCACCUAUGACCCCAGUCUCAUUAUAGAAAGAAGAACGAAGAUGAGAGCAAACGUAAACACAACGCGAAUACUAUGUCAAAGCGAGUCAUCUUCAGUCCAACAGUAUUGUUGUAAACAACCAAGCCCUGACAUUACUACCAUUAAACCAGCUGACAAAAACUCCGAAACGCAGAACGCGAUCUUGGAAGUUUUCUAUAAGUGCAAAUGUGUGCCAGAGAAUCAAUGCGAUGAAAAUAACAAUAUCGCCACCGAUGACCCAAGCUCUGUUAUUCAACGAAGGACAAGUGCAAGACUAAAUCGGAUUCGGUGCGAAAGCGCCUCAUCAGAAAAACUGUACUGCUGCAAGCAGCCAGGCAACACUGACAGCACCAGGACUAAACCAGUCAUCGACAGAGGUCCCGUAGAAGUAAAAUGUGGAAAGGGCAUUUCACUCUUGGAGCCAAGGAUAUGGGCCAAGAAGGACGACGAGAUUCCUGCUGAUGGUGAAUUCCCGUGGAUGGUGGCCGUAUUCAACAAGACUCCGUCUGGGAACUACCAGUUUCGAUGCGGAGGAUCACUAAUUCACCCCAAAGUCGUGUUAACUGCCAAUCACUGCGUACACAGGAGAAGACCCAAUGACUUUAUAGUAGGAGCGAAUGGAAAAAUUGCACUACCGAAUAAAAAUACUGAAAGAAGACGCAUCUCGGAAAUCAUUAAACAUCCCAAAUAUACCCACUUUGGACGACUCUACAAUGACGCUGCGCUGCUAUUUUUGGAGGAAUCGUUCCCGACAGAGGGCGAUAAUCGUAUCAACACUCUGUGUCUACCACCAGAUGGCCUGGAUUUGGAGGACAUGAACUGCUACGUAGCUGGAUGGGGAAAUGAUCUCGAUGGACAAGGUGACCAGAACAUGAAGAAGGUGCAGCUGCCUUUUGUUGACCACAACCAGUGCCAGGCCCUUCUGAGAAGGACCAGGCUGGGGCAAAACUUCCGCCUUCACAGCUCCUUCAUGUGUGCUGGUGGUGAGGAAGGUAAAGACGCUUGUAUAGGAGACGGAGGAGGGCCUUUGAUGUGCGAGAUGCCUUCGGAGGAAGAGCGGUAUUUCCAAGCCGGGAUCGUGUCUUGGGGUAUUGGGUGUGGGACGGAAGACGUUCCAGGGGUUUACACAGAUGUUGAAAAGAUCACUGAGUGGAUAAAGAAGGAACUUGAGCAGAGGAAUUUGAUUAUUUAGUUUUUUUUUAUAAUAUGGAUAAAUGUAAAAUUAAAGGAAUUUUAGAAAAUA